AUGAUUCUCGACACCCAAAUAACCAGGCUCGACGGCCUCAUGCUCUGCGCCUCGGUCGACGACCCAGCCCCCGCCGCCGCCGCCGCCUCCGCCUCCCUCUCCGAGACCAAGCAGCACCUCCGCCAGAUCCUCCGCAAGCUCACCCGCGCGUCGGAGCCCCAAGCCUCCAUCCAGUCCGGCCCCCACACCCUGCACUACCUCAUCGAGCAGGACGUCGUCUUCCUCGCCAUCUGCGACGCCUCGUACCCGCGCAAGCUGGCCUUUACCUACCUGGCCGACCUGGCGCGCGAGUUCGCCACCACCCACCCCGCGCAGCAGGUCCACUCGCCCGCCCUGCGGCCCUACGCCUUCAUGGACUUUGACAACUUUGUGGCCAAGACGCGCACCACCUACGCCGACGCCCGCGCCGCCCAGAACCUCGACAAGCUCAACGACGAGCUGCGCGACGUGACAAAGGUCAUGACCAAGAACAUCGAGGACCUGCUCUACCGGGGGGACAGCCUCGACAAGAUGGGCGAGAUGAGCAGCCGCCUGAGGGACGACAGCAAAAAGUACAGGAGGGCCGCCGUCAGGAUCAACUGGGAGCUGCUGCUGAAGCAGUACGGGCCGUUUGCGGCCCUAGGCUUUUUCGUCCUCUUGUUUGUGUAUUUGCGCUUCUUCUAA